AUGCUGCCCCGAGGGCGCCCCCGGGCGCUGGGGGCGGCCGCGCUGCUGCUGCUGCUGCUCCUCCUGAUCGGGUUCUUUCUCUUGGGCGGGGACCCGGAGUGUGAGCGCCUCGAACCAGACGGGAGAGCUGGGGACCUGGGGUGCCCCCGAUGCCCGCUCACGCCACGUGUCCCCUCAGACGGGAGGCUGCGGSGAGCUUCUGCUCUCGAUGGAGACCCGCUGGCGGGCCAUUGGGACCAUAACCGCUCGGCCUGCGACCCGUGGCCGCAGCUGCCGCCCAAGUGCGAGCUCUUGCACGUGGCCAUCGUGUGUGCUGGACAUAACUCUAGCCGAGAGGUCAUCACCCUGGUGAAGUCCCUGCUCUUCUACAGGAAAAAUCCGCUGCACCUCCACCUGGUGACUGAUGCUGUGGCCAGAAACAUCCUGGAGACGCUCUUCCGCACAUGGAUGGUGCCUGCUCUUGGGGUCAGCUUCUACCAUGCUGACCAGCUCAAGCCACAGAUCUCCUGGAUCCCCAACAAGCACUACUCCGGCCUCUAUGGGCUAAUGAAGCUAGUGCUGCCCGGUAUCCUGCCCCCUGGCCUGGCCCGAGUCAUUGUCCUGGACACGGAUGUCACCUUCGCCUCCGACAUUGCAGAACUCUGGGCGCUCUUUGCUCACUUUUCUGACAAGCAGGUGAUCGGGCUCGUGGAGAACCAGAGUGACUGGUACCUGGGCAACCUCUGGAAGAACCACAGGCCCUGGCCUGCCUUGGGCCGGGGAUUUAACACAGGUGUGAUCCUGCUGUGGCUAGACCGGCUUCGGCAAGUGGGCUGGGAGCAGAUGUGGACGCUGACAGCUCAGCGGGAGCUCCUCACCCUGGCUGCUACCUCCCUGGCUGACCAGGACAUCUUCAAUGCUGUCAUCAAGGAGCACCCGGAGCUGGUGCAGCCCCUGCCCUGCGUCUGGAACGUGCAGCUGUCUGACCACACACGGGCAGAGCACUGCUACUCUGAGGCGGCUGACCUCAAGGUGAUCCACUGGAACUCGCCAAAGAAGGUGAGGGUGAAGAACAAGCACGCUGGAUCCUUCCGCAACUUCUACCUGACCUUCUUGGGGUACGAUGGGAACCUGCUGCGGAGAGAGCUCUUUGGGUGCCCCAGCCAGACCCUUCCUGAGGCUGAGCAGUUGCAGCGGGCCCUGGCACAGCUCGACGAGGAGGACGCCUGCUUUGAGUUCCGGCAGCAGCAGCUGACCGUGCACCGUGUGCACAUCACCUUCCUGCCCCAUAAACCACCACCUCCCCGGCCACACGACAUCACCCUGGUGGCCCAGCUCUCCAUGGACCGGCUGCAGAUGCUGGAAGCACUGUGCAGGCACUGGCCGGGCCCCAUGAGCCUGGCCUUGUACCUGACAGAUGCUGAGGCCCAGCAGUUCCUGCAUUUCGUCGAGGCCUCGCCCGUGCUCUCUGCCCGGCAGGACGUGGCUUACCAUGUGGUGUACCGUGAGGGUCCCCUCUACCCUGUGAACCAGCUCCGAAAUGUGGCCUUAGCCCAGGCCCUCACACCUUACGUCUUCCUCAGUGACAUUGACUUCUUGCCUGCCUACUCUCUUUACGACUACCUCAGGGCCUCCAUUGAGCAGCUGGAGCUGGGCAGCCGGCGGAAGGCAGCUCUGGUGGUGCCCGCGUUUGAGACCCUGCGCUACCGCUUCACCUUCCCCAGUUCCAAGGCCGAGUUGCUGGCCUUGCUGGACUCCGGCUCGCUCUACACCUUCAGGUACCACGAGUGGCCCCAGGGGCACGCGCCCACGGACUAUGCCCGCUGGCGGGAGGCUCAGGCGCCAUACCGGGUGCAAUGGGCAGCUGACUAUGAGCCCUAUGUGGUGGUGCCACGUGACUGUCCGCGCUAUGACCCUCGCUUUGUGGGCUUUGGCUGGAACAAGGUGGCCCACAUCGUGGAGCUGGAUGCGCAGGAAUUUGAGCUCCUGGUGCUGCCUGAGGCCUUCACCAUCCACCUGCCCCACGCACCGAGCCUGGACAUCUCCCGCUUCCGCUCCAGCUCCACCUAUCGCGACUGCCUCCAGGCCCUCAAGGAGGAGUUCCAUCAGGACUUGUCGCGCCGCUAUGGGGCUGCUGCCCUCAAAUACCUCACUGCCCUGCAGCAGCCACGAAGCCCUGCCUGA